AUGACGCCCCGAGCGCUGCUGGUGCUGCUGGCGCUCGUCGCCGUCGUGGCAGCCGUCGACAUCAAGAUCAAGCGCAAGCCGCGAACGAUCCGCGAGCCCAUAGCGAUCCGCGAGCCUGCGCCGUUCCGGACCGGCCUCCUCGACGACAAGACAGAGCCGCUCACCAAGUACGCGUCCGUCGACCACGAAAUGGGCGACGUGACGAUGCAUCUCUUCCACAACAUCACGUUCCUCUCGCCGACCAAGAAGGUGCUCCUUGGGCUCUGGAAGGGCUACGAGGUGGACGAGGCCAGCAUGCGGUACCGCGCGCUCCUCUUUGACGACGGCGACCUCUGUCCGCAGGACCGGUCGAAGCGGUACUCGGUGCGCCUCGAGCUCGCGCGGCGCGACUACGAAGGCAUGCGCGAGUACAUCCAGAGCGUCGAGACGACGUCCGAGCCGUGCCAGCUCAAGCUGCACCUCGAGUUCUACGCCCCUGAGGCGCGUCUGACGCUGCCACCCGAGCACGUCGAGCACGUUGCGAGCUGGUACGAAGACCCGACGUCACCCAAGGUGCUCUGCAAGAGCAUCAAGUGCGACUACGCGACGGUCCAAGACCAAGUCGAUGCGAUCGCCAUGUCCGUGCAAGCGCUGCAAGUGCAGAUCGACGCGCUUGCGUCGCCGCUUGUAGCCGACGACACGGCCGUGUUUGUUCAGAGCACGCUCGACGCGUCCAACGCCGUCUUGUCGGCGGCCACCUCGGUUCUCGGCACGGCCUCGCGCGUCUACGCCCGACUUGCCGAGCUCCAGCCAACCACAACCACGUGCACGGGGCCGCAGUGAUGCUCUGCACAGAACGCGGAAGAGAUCAAAAACAC